GUGCUCAGGUAGACCAGUCAGUGUUUGAAGAACUUAUAAAAGAGCAGCUUCCUGAGCUGGCUGAACAUAUGAAGGACCUGACAGCCUUAGCUUCCAUCUCGCUCUCCUGGUUCCUUACCCUCUUCCUUAGCAUCAUGCCCCUGGAAAGUGCUGUCAAUGUUGUGGACUGCUUCUUCUUUGAUGGCAUCAAAGCCAUUUUCCAGCUGGGCUUGGCCAUACUGGAAGCCAAUGCUGUGGACCUGUGUAACAGCAAGGACGAUGGGCAGGCCCUGAUGAUCCUGAGCAGGUUUUUGGAGCAUGUCAAAAAUGAGGAAAGCCCUCUGCCACCUAUUGGUAAUCACCAUGCAUUCUUCAGUGACGACCAGGAAGCCUCUCCAGUGACUGAAAUAGCAAACCUGAUUCAUGACUCCUAUGAGAAGUUUGGAGACCACUCAGUGGCACAGAUAGAGCACAUGCGCUACAAACACCGAAUCCGUGUCCUGCAGAGCCACGAGGACACAACCAAGCAAAACGUGCUCCGAGUUGUCAUCCCAGAUGUUUCGAUUCUUCCCGAAGAUUUAGAGGAAUUGUAUGACUUGUUCAAGAGGGAGCAUUUGAUCAGGUGUUACUGGGAGGUGCCCAGCCCCGUUGCAGACAGACACGACCCCAGCAGGCCGUACGCCGAGCAGUACCGCAUCGACGCCCAGCAGUUCUCCAACCUCUACAGGCUGGUGUCACCCUGGACCUGUGGGGAGCACACCCAUGUCCUCGCACAAAGGACCUUCCGACUGCUGGAUGAGAACAUGGACAGGCUGAUCGAAUUCAAGGCACUUGCCAGCUGCCUAGAUGUUAUGUAUAAUGGAGAAAUGAAUGAAAAGAUAAAGUUACUAUAUAAGCUGCAUAUCCCACCGGCUCUCACAGAAGAUGAACGGGACAGCCAGUCACCACUGAAGAAUCCUUUGCUGUCGACUUCAAGACCUCUAGUCAUUGGAAAAUCCAAUGGUGAUGCAGUAGAUUACCAAAAGCAGUUGAAGCAGAUGCUGAAGGACCUAGCCAAAGAAAAGGAUACUAAAACUGAAAAAGAAUUGCCAAAAAUGAGCCAGAGGGAGUUCAUUCAGUUCUGCAAAACACUGUAUAGCAUGUUCCAUGAAGAUCCAGAGGAGAAUGAUUUGUACCAAGCCAUUGCCACUGUGACCACACUGUUACUUCAGAUUGGAGAAGUAGGACAAAGAAGCAUCAGCCUGGGGAGUGGAUCAGAUGAGUUCACUGAGGACUUCCAGCCUGAGGCUUCUGCUUCAGACCAGGAUGCUGUUUUUACUGACACUGUGAAGAGCCCUCACAAAGACUCUCAACCUUCACCUGUGACUGAAGGGGACUGGACUGUCUCUUUCGAACAUAUUUUAGCCUCUCUCUUAACUGAACAAUCAUUAGUUAACUUCUUUGAAAAACCCUUAGAACUGAAACCAAAACUUGAGAAUGCAAAGCUAAACCAAUACAGUCUCAGAACAAAUGGAAUGAGCUGCCAGUCACGGGGUGAACAUACAAAACCAAACGUGCAGUAGCAGCAAACACGUCAGGAACAAAAUGCACUGAAAUCUCAUGCCAAAGCACAUGCUGUAAAAGGCUUUCGGUUAGCAGUGGACUUCUGAUAAACAAUUUGUUGGUCUGUGGUUUUCAGCUGAAGAGCUUUAAAAGCUGAAGGGUGUGUAGGUUUGUUUUGUGCCAU